UCACAGGCACACAUUCAGAGAACUUUCUCUCGCGCGUACACACUUACAUGCUGACAAGCAGGCAGGCAGACACACCCUCUCCCAUUAUCUGUGCGGCGAGCAAAUCUGCUCAUAUUGUUGUUAGCAGCGAGGGGCUGUAUUUCGCUCUUCAGCAGCAGCAACAGCAGCAGCAGGACGGGUCCAGAGGAGAGCAGUCAUUACCAGAGAUCACACACCAGCUUCUAAAACUGAAGCGUGUGCCUGUGGGACAGCCAUGGAGGACACCCUCACCUGCAGCCAUGCCACCUUCUCCCAGGUGUUUGGACGCCAGGGACAGCUCAUGCAUGCCACGGUCCAGUCUCUCAACAGCCUGAACGACCAGAUUGCUCAGUUCAUGGUGACCAGACCUUGUAGCCUGGCUCACGAGGACAAGGCCUUCAUGCUGGGAGAAAGGGACACCUUGAAGAAGUCCAUGACUCUGAUGAGACACCUACUCGUGGAUGCUCAGGGGAAAAUUCUUAAAAUGAUGGAAGACAACAAACAGCUGGCACAGAGGAUUGAUGGGGCCAUCCAGUCCGCUAGUCAGGAAGUGACCAACCUCCGCUCCGAGCUCUCUGCCACCAGCCGCAGACUGGCAGAGCUGGGUGCCAGCAGCCCCCCUGCCUUGGAGAACCACCACAAGUACAAUCACCACGAUGACAGCCUCCACUAUCGGGAUCCCUCAAUGCAUCACAGACAGAAGACAGUGGUGACAGACAUGUGCUACCCGACAGAGAUAUCCAGCCUGAUGGACUUUGGCACCCCAGACUGCUCGCUAGGCAAAGUGUUGUUGCGUGAGGAGGUGGCGCAACUUCAAGAGGAAGUCCACCUGCUGAGGCAAAUGAAGGACAUGUUGAGUAAGGACCUGGAGGAGACCCAGGGAGGCUGCUCUGCCGAUCUGCUCUCAGCCACCGAGCUCCGUGUGCAGCUGGGUGACAAGGAGCAGGAGCUGGACCGUGCCAAGGAGGCCUUACAAGCUAUGAAAGCUGACCGUAAGCGUUUAAAAGUGGAGAAGGCAGACUUGGCGAGUCAGAUGCAGCAGCUGUACACAACACUGGAGAACAGAGAAGACCAGCUGCGAGAAUUCAUACGCAACUACGACCAACACCGAAAGGAGAGUGAGGAUGCAGUGAAAGCCCUGGCUAAGGAGAAGGACAUGCUUGAGAGGGAGAAAUGGGACCUGAGGAGGCAGACCAAAGAAGCCACAGAACAGGCCAACAUCCUGCGUUCUCAGAUGGACAUGAAGGAGAAUAGGGUCAAAGAACUGGAGGCUGAGCUCACCAUGGCGAAGCAGUCUCUGGCCACCUUGACAAAAGACGUACCGAAGCGCCACUCACUGGCCAUGCCGACAGAGCCCGUAGUGAACGGCAGUCAGGAGUGGGUGAUGCAGGCCGACCUGCCGCUCACUGCGGCCAUCCGUCAGAGCCAACAGACCCUCUACCAUGGACACACCACGGACAGACAGGCUGUGGUAAGGAUCAGCCCCUGCCAUUCUCGCCAGCCCUCUGUCAUCUCUGACGCCUCGGCAGCCGAUGGAGACCGCUCGUCCACGCCCAGCGACAUCAACUCACCUCGCCACCGGACGCACUCCCUCUGCAAUUCCAUGGAGGACCUGGAGGACCAGAAGCGUAAGAAGAAGAAGGAGAAGAUGACUCUGGGAUCCCUGUCGCGGGUGUUCGCUCGAGGCAAGCAGCGCAAGUCACUGGACCCCGGCCUGUUUGAUGGUACAGCCACCCCUGAUUAUUACAUAGAGGAGGAUGCAGACUGGUGAUGCUGUGUGUGUGUGUGUGUGUGUGUGUGUGUGUGUGUGUGUGUGUGUGUGUGUGUGUGUGUGUGUGUGUGUGUGUGUGUGUGUGUGUGUGUGUGUGUGUGUGUGUGUGUGUUUGUUAAAUUUGUGUGGGUAUCCACCUGGCUUUAACUGUGUGUAAAGAGUGUUUUGUGUGUGGGUUUGUCUGGAGGGGGGAGGGGAGUACAUUUUAAAAGAAAAGCCUAAAAGAGACUGCUAUUCCCAUAAAUGUACAGUAUAUUACCCUUAAAUUGUUUGUUUGUAAAUUAGAUAUAUAUUUAUAGAUGUACAUGUAUGCAUAUGUAUAUAUGUUUACAUGCAUAUAAAUAUAUACAUGGGGUUAUUAUUAUGUGUAGAAAUGUUUAUGCUGUAUUAUCUUCCAAAUGUCUUAAUGUUUUAUGUUUUUUUAUAACUGGAGACUUGAAGGACUGUUGUUCAUAUGUAAAUAGGAGUUAUUGUGAAACUAGUGUUUUUACUGUAAAUGUCAUCUGGCUUUUGUUACUUUAGAGUUGCUUUUAUCAUGCUUUGCAACAUUGAUUUCUAAGUUUCUUCUUAUUCCCAAUCUUACUUGGCCCAUUUCUUAUUACGAAGGAGAUAUAAUAAGAUUGGCUUAAAAUUGGCUUAAAAAGAAAUUGAUCUCUUGGAGUUUAAUUUGACAAAUGCUGUUGUUUCAAAUUGCUUGUUGGAAUCAAAAAUAGUACUUUGUUUGAGCGGUAUUGCUGGAACAGGAUUGCAAUCAUGUUCACUUUACAAAUGCUGGCUCACAUUAUUUAAACAUAUCACUGCGUGGGCAGCAGGAAGUUUUUUCAUAAAAGGUUCCUCAUCCGUUUUAUGCUAAACAUCAUAUUAUCAGUUACUCUAAAUAAUGUCUGGGCUAAUAAAGGUUUUAGAGUCAAUCUUAUUUAAAAGAGUCUUAUUUGCACAGACCUGAACACACAAACAAAAGAUUAACAGUGAUGCAUAUUCAGGCACACCUCUCAUCUUCUGUGGAAACCGUGUGUGCCAAAGUGCUAAACACUCAUCUUUAGAAAACCUGCGUAUCACUCUGUCACUGUCAGCACUAGCCUCGUGAAAUUGUUUAUGUCUGACUCAUUUCUUACUGAGAGCUAUCUAACGUGCCAAUAUGAGACGAAGGAAUGUGCAUUAAACACCUGCAUGAUCCCUCUGUGUUGCUUUGAUUAAAUGUCCAUUCAUUGCCAAUCAAAUUAAUAGUUUCCACAAUCCUGUGUUGCUUCUGUGUUACCUUUUCCUUUUACCAAGUUAUCUUUCCUUGCAUUAUGAAUGCACGGUCCCUUUUUCUUUUCUUUUCUAGUUUUUGUUUUGCUUUGUGUAAAAUCCCUCCUCAUUUCUUGCAAAUGUGGCUCUAACAAUUCUAUGUUAAAUGCUUUGUAAUUUAGGAGACAUUGAAAAGAUUAAAUCUAUUGAAGUAUUUUAUUUAAAAAGAAAAAAGACAAAGAAGAGGUAACUUCAAAUAUGUAUCUGCUGCAGCUGUUGCAGCCAGAUGUUGAGGAGGUUUUAGCAUUUUCAAAAAUGAAUUAUAAUUGAAAUGAAAUCUUAUUUUAAAAAUAAAACCAGUAACUGAAUACA